AUGGCGCAACCAAAUCACCCGUACUAUGUUCAGAAAUCAGUGGAUAAGGUGCAAUCCUUCCCUUUUCAUAGAUCAGUCAGUAGUCUAUGGGAAGAAAAAUGGAAGAACCUCGCCCAUUCUGGUCUUUAUCCCUUUGGAGAUGGGAAAGGAGAGGAUUUUGACCAGAUCUUUACCCAGUUGAUCAAAGAGAGUGGCGAUGACCCAUCUGUCUUAUAUGACCCAGAUAGAUACGCCAAACCGUUCUUUCCAGUUGCCGACGAUUUGGUCCAACGCGCCAAGGAGUAUGAAACGGUCGGGGACCUUGAAAACGCGCGAGAUUUGUUCUUGCGUGCCGGAUCGGUAUACCGCAUCGCGCGUUUUCCGAUUCCCCGCUCGCCACUGGGCAAAAAGGCGUGGGGGCUUGGCAGGGAGGCUUAUUUGAACGCUUCUCCUUAUCUCUCGCCACCAAAUGUGGAAGUCCAUAUCCCGCAUCGACACGCCUCCCUUGAAGCAGGUGAAUCCAAGGACGCCAUCAUCGCUGCUUUCCUCCGCUUCCCCAAUAAUAGCACAAAGCCGGAAUCUGGUUGGCCGCUUUUGCUUUUUAUCUGUGGCCUGGAUGCCUAUCGAACGGACCACACGGCGGCUUUACCUUACGGUAAGCUUGCCAGUCACCUAUAUCACGGCCAGGCAGUGCUUCUAGUUGAUAUUCCCGGUACCGCCGAUUCGCCUGCGGCACCCAACGAUCCUAAGUCGCCCGAUCGCCUGUGGAGCAGCGUGCUCGAUUGGGUCGAAGAGCACAAAGACCAAUAUGACUUCAACCCUUCACAAAUUUUAGCGCGCGGUAUCAGUACGGGCGGCUACUAUGCCAUGCGCAUCGCGCAUACUCACGCCGACCGACUGCUCGCCGUGGUCGCUCAGGGCGGAGGCAGCCACCACAUGUUUGACCCGGCGUGGAUCCAAGCCCAAAACCAUAUGGAGUAUCCUUUUGCGUUGGCUGAGGCUCUGGCUUACAAAUUUGGGUAUACGGAUGUAAAGGAAUACGCGUCCGGUAAUGCACGGGAGCGUUUCAGUCUUCUUGAGAGUGGAAUAUUCGAUAAGUGCUGCACCCGGCUGUUGCUGAUCAAUGGCAUGGAGGACAGUAUCUUCCCUAUCGAGGACAGCAUCCUUCCUCUGCGACAUGGCAGCGUAAAAGAUGUGAGGCUUAUCGAUGGGAGAACUCAUAUGGGGUUUCCAGAGGCAGAAACAAUUCAGCGUGACUGGCUCUUAGGAAUCCUUGCGCAGGAAGACGAACGUAAUGGACGACAAAGCAGAUAGGUGGAUCGAAGGAAGUCAUCGGGUUUCGUAUAUGCGUAAGUAUUAGACUAUCAACCACCUACCUGCAGAACUGUCUAUCAGGGGUAUUGCUGCUACUAUCUAGUCGGAGUGCAUGCCAUAUGCUAUUUCCUGA